AUGGUAACAUCGAGAAAGCAUCUACAGUAUUUACCAAAUUUAAGUUACUAUAACGUAAAAGCAAGCUUAAUUAUUGGUCUGGAUAAUCUGAAAGUUUGUGUGCCUUUGGAGAUACGGGAGUCCGAAGGAGACGACGUGGUCGCGGCGCGCUGUAGAUUGGGCUGGUCUGUGUAUGGCCGGCACAGCGACGCAGCUCCAGCGUCCUCACACAUAUUGCACAUAUGUGAGUGCAAUGAAGCGAGCAGCAUGCGCGCUUUGGAUGCGUCAAUGAAAGAAUACUUUGCUAUGGAGUCCUCGAGAACACGUGUGCCAAGCAAGCCAUCAAGAUCGAAAGACGACGAGCGCGCGUUGCAGAUUAUGGAGGCGACCACAAGUUAUUGCCCGAUUGACAAACGUUGGCAAACUGGACUGUUAUGGAGGUUCGACAUAGUAGAUCUACCGGAUUCAUACUCAAUGGCCAUGAGGCGUCUUCAGUGUUUAGAAGCGAAAAUGGCAAAGGACACCGACCUUAGAAGCUUUAUGUUGGACACUAUGCAAAGCUAUGAAGAAAAGGGAUACAUCCGGAGAUUAACAGAAAGUGAGCUAAAUAAGGGUAAAAGUUCAUGGUUUCUUCCUAUAUUUACAGUCACUAACCCAAACAAGAACAAGACGAGGCUAGUCUGGGAUGCAGCUGCGAAAGUCAAAGGCACGUCUUUGAACGACGUCUUGCUAAAGGGCCCGGAUAUACUGGCAUCUCUAGUUGGCGUGCUAAUACGUUUUCGGGAGCGACCAGUAGCAGUGGCUGGUGACAUAAGUGAGAUGUUUCACCAAGUAAGAGUGCGCCCAGAGGACCAGACGGCUCAGAAGUUUCUAUGGCGCAUAGGAAAUUCGGCUAAAGCGGCAGAAACGUACGUGAUGAAGGUUAUGACAUUCGCUAAUUACAUAAAGAAUCGCAACGCAGAGCGGUUCAGAAAAGAAUCUCCAAGAGCUGUUGCGGCCAUUUGUAGAAACACGUUUGUCGACGACUGGCUCCAGUCGACAAACACCGAAGACGAGAUGACGGAGUUGGCCAUGGAGGUGCAGAGAAUUCACUUGGAGGGUGGGGACCUCGAAUUCUGCGAGCGUAGUGAGAGCGCUCAAGAACCAAGAAGGAGACGUGCCUAG